CAUGAGACUGAAAACAAAGAAAUGGAGACAUAAUAAACUUCUAGGCUGUGUGCGCAUGGAGUUCAAGAACGAAUGAUGGAGCAUUCAUCUGUAGUUGCUUUGAUCUGUUUCUUGUCACUCAUAGACUGUGGACACUGUCAUGAAAGUGGAAAGGUGCCCAAACUCACUCAUGACAAGGAGAACCAGUGUCUGUCCAAAGGAUCAUCUGUGACUCUUACAUGUGACACUGGUGACCCUUCCCCAGAGUGGCAGUUCCUCUGGUAUAGAGUGGUCCCCCUCAGAGAUGGUUUACCUGCUCUCACACACACUUCUGGCAGAUCUACAUAUUCCCUGGAGCUCCUGUCAGACAGCAGCAGAGGAGCUGGAGGCUCCUACAGUCUGAACUCAACUGGCCCUGAGCACAGAGGAGUCUAUGUGUGCAGAGCAAAGAAAGAAGAGCCGGUCUAUUAUACAGGCUACAGCAACACUGUGUUUCUUUGGGUCAAUGAUCCUGAUUCUCCAGGCCGUCUGACCAUCAAUCCCAACAGCACCAGUUAUGUUGAGUCUGAGUCUCUGUCUCUUAGCUGUGCAGGAUAUGGAACUGGUUGGACUCUCCAUCGAAUCACAGAUUAUAUGGAGAUCUCCCAGUGUCCUUUCACUAGAGGAGCAUCAUCCUGGGAAAACAGCACAUGCCACAUCGGUGUUCUGUCUAAGUAUGACAGUGGAGUGUACUGGUGCCAGUCUGAGUCUGGAGAAUUCAGUAAUGGUUUCUAUAUAAAAGUUCAUGGACAUAGAAUUGAGCCCAAUCUUUUCAAAGACACAGGGGAUCAGCGUCUUCUCAAAGGAUCUUCUGUGACUUUUACAUGUGCCAUUGGUGACCCUUCCCCAGAGUGGCAGUUCCUCUGGUACAGAGUAGUUCCUUUCAGAGAUGACUUACCUGCUGACUCACACUGGUCUGGCAGAUCUACAUAUUCCCUGGAGCUCCUGUCAGACAGCAGCAGAGGAGCUGGAGGCUCCUACAGUCUGAACUUAACUGGCCCUGAGCACAGAGGGUUCUAUGUGUGCAGAGCAAAGAAAGAAGAGCCGGUCUAUUAUACAGGCUACAGCAACACUGUGUUUCUUUGGGUCAAUGAUCCUGAUUCUCCAAACCAUCUGAACAUCAAUCCCAAUGGGACAAAUUUUUUUGUGUCUGAAUCUCUGUCUCUUAGCUGUGCGGGAAAUGGAACUGGUUGGACUCUCCAUCGAAUCACAGAUUUUAUAGAGAUCUCCCAGUGUCCUUUCACUAGAGGAGCAUCAUCCUGGGAAAACAGCACAUGCCACAUCGGUGUUCUGUCUCAGUAUGACAGUGGAACGUACUGGUGCCAGUCUGAGUCUGGAGAAUUCAGUAAUGUUGUCUUUAUAAAGGUUCAUGAUGUUAGGGUAUAUAUAACAAGUGAAUCUGGCAAAUGGAUGGUUGAAGGAAUGCUACUUGAAAAAGAAGGCUUAGCUAAUUUGCGCUUUGUUGGAAGUGGACAUGCAUCUGGCGCCUGGACAAUUGAAGGAAAACAGUUUGAAAAAGGAGACUUUGUUAAGUUGCGCUGUAUGGUGGAAAAGUCUUCAGUAGACAGGAUCCUCUGGUACAGAGUUGUUCCGUUCAGAGAUGAGCUUUCAGAGAUGCCACACUGGAACGGUGAUACAAGAUACUCUCUGGAGCUCGUUUCAGACGGUAGGAAAGAACUACUACAUGACGACUACUACAUCCUCAACCCUGCUGCUCCUGACCACUCAGGUCUCUACGUGUGCCGAGCAGAGAGGGGAGAGCCUGCCUACUACACCUACAGCUCCCCUAUGUUGAUCUGGAUUAAAGACUCUUCUCCAGGUUUCCUAAACCUCAGUCCCAACAGGACACAUUUCUACAAAAAUGAGUCUGUGUCAUUCAACUGUGAGGUGCCAGGCAAUGCAAGUGGUUGGAUCUUGAGAAAAUACAGGAACAAUGUAGAUUCAGUGGAGAUUGAGACUCUGGGAAAGGCUACAUUCAACAUCAAAUCCCUCAAUAUCUCUCAUAGUGGAAACUACUGGUGCCAGUCUGAAUCAGGAGAGUUUAGUAAUAUUGUUUACGUGAGAAUACACACAGAUAGACCACGUCCAUUUGUGUACGAUGCUCCAGAGGGUUGGCAGACUGCAGGAGAUUCUGUGUCUUUGCACUGCAGUCUAGGCCAGUACACCUCAACCUCUGACCCAAGGUGGAGAAUCCUCUGGUACAAAAUUGUUCUUUACAGAGAAGAGCUGCCCACUUUUAUAGACAAGGAGAGCAGCUCUAAAUACUCCCUGGAGCUCCUCCCAGACAGCAGUGGAGAUGGAGGCUCUUACACCCUCAACUCAGUUGGCCCUGAGCACUCUGGUGUCUAUGUGUGCAGAGGAGAGAGAGAGCAACCUGUUGAUCACACAGAAUAUAGUACACCUAAACUUCUCUGGGUUAUAGAUCCUUCCCCUAAAGCUGCUCUGACCAUCAAUUCCAACAGAACUCAGUAUUUUCAGUCAGAGUCCCUCUCACUGAGCUGUGUGGCGCAGGACAAUGCCAGUGGCUGGAGUCUGAGGCGAUUCACAUUUUAUUACCCUUCCUCUCUCUCAGGAUGUCCUUUCAACAACACAGUGACUAGGGAUCAGUCCACGUGUAACAUCAGCUCACUUGAUGUGGCAGACAGUGGAGUGUACUGGUGUCAGUCUGAAUCUGGACAGUAUAGUAACGCUGUCAAGAUAUCAGUGAAUCACAAUCCUCUUCCAACGUUAGAUGUAUCUCCAACCUGGCCAGCUAAAGGAGAUACUGUGACUCUGAAGUGUGAUGUGUCAGGAUCCUCAUCUGGCUGGAGAUUCCACUUUUACAGAGUCAUUGUUCCAAUUGAGGAAGUUCUCCCUUCAGAAGAUACCAACUUCUAUUCACAUGAGCUGAAAUUAUCAGAAAACUCUACUGAGCUCCUCUCAGACAGCAACAGAGAGGCUGGAGGCUCCUACACCCUCAGCACUGUGGGUCCUGAACACACAGGGUUCUAUGUGUGCCGAGCACAGAGACCAAAUUCAUUCUCUUACACCCCUUACAGCAACCUUAGGCAUCUGUGGGUAAAAGAUCCUUCUCCUCCAGCUUCUCUGGGUAUCUAUCCAAACAAGUCAGAUUACUUUUCAUCUGAGUCUGUCUCACUGACCUGUGAAGUGAAGGGCAAUUCCAGUGGUUGGACUUUGAGACGGUUCACAAACAACAACAAUCAUGUGCUGACAGCAUCACACUGUGCUUUCAAGCAUGGAGCAGUUACUUGGGAUGAGAGGCCAUGUCAUCUAAGAUCAUUAAGGACUGUAGAUAGUGGACUUUACUGGUGUCAGUCUGAAUCUGGGGAGUACAGCAAUGCUGUCAAUAUAUCGGUACAUGUUCAAAACCCAACUACAUUUCUACGAGUCUAUCCAAACCACUGGGUUAUGGAAGGAACUUCAGUGACAAUGACUUGUGGGGUUUAUCCAUCACAGUUAUCCAUAGACUGGAAAUUCUACUGGUACAGAGUUGUUCCCCCUGGAGAAGGCAUCCCUGUUAAAUCUGACAGAUCCGGUCAUGUGAAGACGUUCUCUGUACAGCUCCUCACGAACAGUGAUAGUGGAUCUACAGAGUCCUACAAUCUGAGCUCAGUUGGUCCACAACAUUCUGGAAUAUAUAUGUGCCAAGGAGAAAGAGGAGAUUAUUACACUGGGUACGGCAGGCCCCAUCUAGUGUGGGUUACAAGUCCUUCACCCUCUAGUUGGCUAAGGGUCAGUCCCAACAGAACUAACUUCCUUCAAUCUCAGUCUCUGUCACUGAGCUGUAAGGGGCUUGGGAACCCAGCUGAGUGGACAGUGAGGCGGUACACAUCUGGAGAGCUUUCAGACUGUCCUUUUAACUCAAGAUCAGGCAAUUGGGCCGAGUCCACGUGCAACAUCAGCUCUCUAGACACUUAUGACAGUGGUGUGUACUGGUGCCAGUCUACAUCUGGAGAGCUCAGUAAUGCUGUCAACAUAACAGUUCACAUACCAGAAACUGUUUAUUCAUACAUCUCAGUCAGCCCAGAUCACUGGGUGACUGAAGGAUCUGUAGUGACUUUAAGCUGUUCAGUUGGAGCCCCCUUUCCUGGCGUGAGGUUUCACUGGUACAAAGCUGUUCCAGUGAGUGAAGGCUUACCUCUGGUCAGCAAUCGUGGUCGAUUCCGUGAGGCUAAAUACUCUGUGGAGCUGCUGUCAGACAGCAGCAGAGGAGCUGGAGGCUCCUACACUCUCAGUUCCUCUGCUCCAGAACACUCAGGCCUCUACGUCUGCAGAGCCGAGAUAGAAGAGCUGGCCGCUUACGCUGAGUACAGCCAUCCUGGGCUCCUUACAGUAACAGGUCCCUCUCCCUCUGUCUGGCUUGAUGUCAUUCCCAGCAGAUCCCAGCAUUUUGUAUCUGAGCCUCUCACUCUGGCCUGCAAAGCACAGGAUGCUGCAACGGUUUGGUCAGUGAGACGAUUCACUUUAUCAAAGGAGCUGUCAGACUGCCCCUUUGAUAAGAAAUCACAGAUGUUGGAUCCAUCCACAUGUAACAUCAGCUCUUUAACUCUGUCAGCCAGUGGGGUGUACUGGUGCCAGUCUGAAUCUGGGAAACGCAGCAAUGCUGUCAACAUAACCGUGCACAGUGGCAAUGUGAUACUGGAAAGUCCAGUGCAUCCCUUGAAAGAAGGAGAGAAAUUAACACUCCGCUGUUUAGGCCGAAAAAGUGUCAAAUCAAACCUCAGUGCCACAUUCUAUAAGGAUGGAUUACAUGUGGCGAACCAAACCUCUGGAACAUUCAUGCUACCAAACAUCUCUAAGAAAGACGAAGGGUCCUAUGUUUGUGAGAUCGAAGAAAAAUGGGAAAGAAGGUCACCCGGAAGCUGGGUCUCAGUCAACUCAGUCCAAGAUAUAGCCCCUAAAUUUGGAUCAAUUUGGUUGCAACAUGUAAGGACUAUGCAUAGGACAGUGCAUCUCAAUAUAACCGUUAGGUCUGUCAUAAUGAACGUGAUGCAAAAACGAAUAAAAGGACCGCUUAUGGCUCAACUCAACUGAACCAACUACAGUUGCACGUGAUGAACGCAGAAGACCCUGUAAAAGGCUGAAAACAACGUACCAAAGAUCUAAAGACAUACUGUAAUGUUCUGAUUUCGUACUAGCUAAUGGUUCUGAAUGUUGAAUCUUAAACUGUUUGGGUGUAGUGAUAAUUAUUUCUUUUAGAAACAUAAAAUAUGAACAGCUGAUCACAGCUGAUCAAAUCCUGACUAUAUCCCUAAGCAUUUGAUCUGACCUCAACCUCAUCAACAUCAAGAUUCAUCUGCUGUUUUUUGAUAAGUGUUCUGUGUUGUAUUAGGACCUAAUAAUUAGGUGAUGGAUAUCUUUUACUUUUGUUAAACAUUAUUCUUCAGACUGUGUUUGUGUGAGUUUAGGAGUGCACAUUGUAGUGAGUUCAGGGGUGCACACUGUAGUAUACAGUGUUUUACUGAGUGUCUAUUGAUCUUGUAUUAUAAUAUUUUCAAUGAACACAAUCAAAGUUUUUUUAAAACUGCUUUUCAACCUGUUUUGCCGUCUUCUAGUUUUACUUCUGUUCGACUGAUCUAAGAAACUCUCCGAAGGUUCAAGUUCAAGUUGAAGUAGUUUAUUAUCAUGUACUCAUAAAAUUAAUUAUAAGUAAUGAAAUGAUUGUGCUCAAACGUCAGCUCAACUUUAAAGAAUAUAUUAAAAAGGUAUAUAUAUUGUGUGUGUAAUGGGGGUAUGGUGUUUAUGGGGUGUGUGGGAGAGGGGGGUGUACCUGUGUGUGUGUGGGGGGGCAUAUGUGCCUUCAUCAAAGGAUGAAUGUACUGAAUAAAUUCACAAAAAAAAAACUCUUAGGCAAGGUUUUGCACAAAAAUGUACUGAACAGCACCCAUAUGAUAACCAGUCAAUUGGCACCAUGGUGACAAGGCUGGGGAAUUUCCACUUUCCCUUUUCAGUUCCUCAGUUCCUCAGUUCAGACCUCAAUCUUUCAGAAACAAGACACCAAAAAGAAGUUCCCACACGCCUGUCUUUUCUCUUGACACUUUAUGUUCAUGCUGUUAUUAUUAUAUGGUUAUUAUUGUUAUUAUAUUGUUUAUUUGCUUAUUGUUUACAGUUACUCAUUCAAAACAGUUACUCAUUCUUGUUUUUUUUUAUUUAACUAUUUUCUGAAUAGAAGAAUACUGUUUUUGAAAUAGAAGACAAAAGAAUGAAAUGAAAGAAGCUAAGGUCCUCAACAGGUUAACUUCUUGUUGAAGUAAUUCCCGGUGACUACCUUUACCUCUUUGCCUCUCCACAAUGUAUAGAAUAAGAAGAAAUAAAGAAAAAAAACAUUGAA